AUGGGCGACUCUCCACCACCCGAAGGAGACGCAGCAAACGCUCAAAAGUCCACGACGACCAACCCGCCGCGCAGCAGACAGGUUAUAAGCAUCGACCGCGAGGGUGACAUUGUUCUCGAUGUGGUCUUUGAGACAUCCAUCGACACGCUGCGCAAGAGCAGGAAGAUAGCGCUGGCCGCUGCCCGUAGAGCUGGCAGCUCUGCCCUCCCCCUACCAGAGCUCAAGACCAAGGUCGAGGCGGCAUAUCGAGUGAACCUGGAAACGCUGAAGAGAAACUCAAAGUACUUCACCAACCUCCUAUACAACCCCCAGUUCCAAGAAGCGAAGACCAUCGAAUACGCGCACGAUGCCUUGAGAGCUAGAGGCGCGGACCCUAAGAAAGUAGACGCCGGCGACCUACCUUGGAUCAAGAUCGCGGACGACGAUGAGGCAUCCAAAGCGGCAGGUCGAGAGCAUGUCUUUGAGGACUUACUGUUGAUGAUGCAUUCCAAGCCUAUAAAGACCACAAAACUCACCAUGCCCUAUGUCACCACACUGGCCAUCACGGCGGACCGUUUUGACUGUACACCUGCACUGUCCAGAGCCUUGAAUGGAGAGUACAAGUUCAAGUGGCCCCUGACUACGGGCAAGCCCAUGAGGGAUGAAAACGGACGAGCCACCGAAGCCGAGCAAUUGAUACGUCAGAAGAUCCUGGUGGCUUGGUUGCUUGGCCAGCCCAUGCGCCUGCACAAUGCGACUCGUGAACUCAUCAUGAGAGGCUCGAGCCAUUGGAGCGCAUUCCAUGACGAGGCUGUAGACUCCAUGGCGGCUUGGUGCACAUUGCCGGAUGGCCUUGAGCAUGAGCUGCAGUACCGUCGCGAAUGCAUACUGAACACCAUCGCCUCUGUGCAACGCCACUUUCUCAAGCUUUAUUCCUCAAAGGACCGUCAAUGCAAGCUAGGCUAUGACUCGUCGCCAGCGUGCGACUCGUUUCAACUUGGCCAGCUGCUGCGGUUUCUCGUCUCCAAGAAUCUGCUCUCCCUUGUUGACUUCUCCCCUGAUUCCUUGGAUGCCGUGCCUGACACUUCCAUGGCCGACAUUGAUGACCUGCUCGCCACGCUGCGCCAGUUUCCAGCGUACCAAGUCGACAGACACCAUAUAAAUUGCGGACCACGCGUUCGCGCGGAGCCUGUCUUUGAGUACAUCCGUGCCAUGGUCGGCGCAAGCGUCGUUAGCAUACCAUUCAAAGAGUGGAGGGGCAGGAGAAGCGACGUGAGCUGGGUAGUUACGCAGACGGCCGGUGAAGGCGACGAGGAUUCCACCUUCAAGUUUACCAGAGCUUUGGCCAACGAUAAACGCCUCCGAGUCGAGGGUGCAAUGUUUGCAGAUAAGAUGGCCAAGAAGCUUUUCACCUCAGAGUCCUGGGACUGGACACCAGAACUUUAA